AUGGGCCUCUUAAUUGUCGGCCGGCACACUGCCAACUCUUGCACGCAUCCACCGGCUGAAACAUCACACGAGUGGGCGAUGACAUUGGGAUGCUCGCCUGACAUCACUGCGGACUAUUACACGCCAGGCCAGACUCCAUGGUACACGUUCAGAAAUGUGGAGCUGAGUCAGGCACAGAAAGGUUCGUCGAGCAAUUGUCAAAAGGCAAGAAAAGCUAUCGAUGGGAAAACCCAUGAUAAUUCCUGCUCUUCUACUAAAGUGGAAGGAGAUCCCUGGUGGAGGCUGGACCUGCUUCAAAAGUAUCAGAUGCAGCUCAUCAACAUCACCAACACAAAUAGGAAUGACAAGGAAGGGAUCAACAGAGCAGAAAUCCGGAUUGGAGACCUGGACCAGAAUCAUGGCAAUAACAACCCAAAAUGUGUGACAGUGCAAACAAUUGAUCUCGGAGCUACAGAAACCUUUAGCUGCAGAGGGAUGCGAGGUCGCUAUGUGAACAUUGUCCAGCCUGGGAAUCAGAAGCGUCUGACUCUGUGUGAGGUGGGAGUCUUUGGACAGCCCCUCUUUAUAAUUCAGACCUGUGAAUGA